UUCCUCCCGCUCACGCAUUCCUCGCCGCAAACGCCGCACACACCAACGCCGACGCCGACGCCUACGCGCUCAACCCACGCGCACACGCACGCCCGUGUCCAGAAGCGCGUUCACGGCCGGGAUGGCGAUGGCGCUGGCGCUGGGACUGGGUCUGGGAGUGCUCUCCAUGACGAGGACGAGCGCGUCCCGCUUAGUGCGCUUGGUACGUACCGUACGUGGACGCUGGCACUGUUUGGUUGGGGGCGUGUUGAUUGAUGCUGAUGCUGAUGCUGAGGUGGCGUGGACAGCGGAGCUGAUGACGAUGCACGAGGUGCCGACCGUGUGGAUCGGGGGCUGGGAUGCUGUGUUUAUGGAUUGGCCGGGCUCGAGUAUGGGGUAAUUAAGAUGGUGUGGGGAGGGUGGUGGUGGUUGAGGAGAGGCUAGGGGGGGGGGGGGGGGGGGGGGGGGGGGGGGGGGGGGGGGGGGGGGGGGGGGGGGUUAUGAGUGGUGAUUGGUAGGAU